AUGGCGACGCCACGUCUACCAUUCCUAUACCCGAAUCUCUUUCGAGCGGUGCGCGCAUGCGAGCCCACCACGUACCGGUCGAUUCGGGCGCCUCCCACAGCUCCACGUCCAAGGUGUCGCAAAGCCAGCCUUCACAGCUCCGCACGAAGGCAACAAGACGCAAUCCCGCAGCGAUACGGGCAGGCCGCCUCCUCACACCUCCCACCUCCUGAAAACCCAGCGGAGCCCACGGCGGCCCCCAAACAGGAAGAACGACAAGAAACAGCCAGCAAAGGUCAAGCAGACUCGUCCCGGUCUCCAAGCGAGCCCCUCGAAAAGGGAACCGAAACCCCCAAGGAGGAAUCAGUAGGUCAAGAUGAGCCUCAACAGUCGAACACUACGUCAGACUAUAUCGACGAGGCGUCCCUUUCGUCAAGGAACCACAACAUCAAACCCGACGAGCAGGGCCCGCUGGAGAACAAGGAACUCGACAUUGUGCUCUCGAUCCCGUCCCCGUCUGAUAUGAAGAAAGAAUCGUCUCGACAUCCGCACCUCGAGCCGCCUCCGUAUGAACACCAUUUCGACACAUACGGGCUCGUCCAGCAGCUGGCCGACCACCACGCAUAUACCUUGGACCAAGCCAUCACAUUGAUGAAGGCGAUCCGGCUCAUGCUGUCCAUCAAUCUGGACAUGGCCAAGGAGAGCCUGGUGUCCAAAUCCGACAUUGAGAACGAGUCGUACCUGUUCCGCGCGGCUUGUUCGGAACUCAAGACCACCUUGCAGACCACGCGGCAUUCGGAGACUCUGAAGCAGCGCAGCCACCGUGCGCAGCUGCAGCAUGAAUACGACAUCUUGAACCAGAAAGUCACCCAGGAUCUGAUGACGCUGCGGGAAGAACUCAAGGGCCUUUUCAACGACCGCAAGUUGAGGCUGCAGGAGGACAAACGCGCCAUCGACGGCAAGAUCUCCGAAUUGAACUAUGAAAUCACCGUUCUCCUGAACAGCGAGGCCAAGAGCGAGGUCGAAGGCUUGCGAUGGGUCUUGACUCGUCGUGCCGCCAUGGCCAUUGGGUUCUGUGCAUUCAUGAUUAUAUCCGCCCUGAACUAUUCGUCCAUCAAGAUGCGCGAGAAGGAGGAAGCGGAGAAGAAGCGCAGAGCCGCAGCCAAGGCAAUGGAGGAGCGCGUCGAGGCCCGGUAUACCACGCCCAGUCGUGCGCAGAGCACGCAGACGGACGAGGCGAGGCUGCCGGCCAAUUAUGAGGAGAGUCUGGGCUGA